AUGCGGGCCCGGCCCGCGGUGCGGCUGCUGCGGCUGGGCCGGCUGCCCUACGCGGAGUCGCUGGCGGCGCAGGAGCGCUGCGUGGGGCGGCAGCGGGCGGCGGGGCCGGGCGCGGCGGGCUGGCUGCUGCUCUCCGAGCCGGCGGGGCCCGUGUACACGCGCGGGCUGCGGGGCGGCCCCGACCCGGCGGCCGAGGAGCGGCGGCUGCGGGCGCUGGGCGCCGAGUUCCGGCGGGCGGCGCGCGGCGGGCUGCUCACCUUCCACGGCCCGGGCCAGCUGCUGGCCUACCCGGUGCUGGACCUGCGGCGCCUCGGCCUCUCGCUGCGCGCCUACGUGGGGGCGCUGGAGGCCGCGGCGCUGGGCCUCUGCCGCCGCCUGGGCCUGCCCGCCGCGCGCGCCCUGCCGCCGCCCUACACCGGCGUGUGGCUGCGGGGCCGCAAGCUCUGCGCCGUGGGUGUCCAUUGUGGAAGGCAUAUAACCUCUCAUGGGCUGGCGCUGAACUGCUGCACAGAUCUUACGUGGUUUGAUCACAUUGUUCCUUGUGGACUCGAAGGGACGGGUGUCACCUCCCUGAGCGAAGAACUCCAGAGACAUGUCACAGUUGAUGAAAUCACUGAGCCUUUUCUGGACGCUUUUGAAGAAGUGUUUCAGUGCACCCUAACUUCCCAUGAGGAAUCUAUCGGAUAAAGGGCUCCGAGUGCCUCACUUACCUGUGGAAAUGUGAAUAUUUCUUUGGUGCUUUCAUGGUGUUACUAGAAAUCCAGCUUGCUUGUUCCAUCUUCCUAUCAGCAAUUAAAUACGUGUAACAAACUG